AUGAACUCAUUGAGCAGUCGCCUCGAGGACGAACAGGCCACGAUUAGCAGGCUACAGCGACAGAUCAAAGAGGCACAAAGCCGGGCUGCUGAACUGGAAGAUGAGCUGGAAAACGAGCGGCAAUCGAAGUCGAAGACGGACAAAGCACGUGCUGAUAUUCAGCGUGAACUCGAGGAGCUCAACGAUCGUCUGGACGAGCAGGGAGGUGCUACUGCCGCACAGCUCGAGAUCAACAAGAAGCGCGAAGCGGAAUUAGCAAAACUGCGACGCGACAUCGAAGAGGCCAACAUGAAUCACGAAAGUCAGUUAGCCGCACUGCGCAAAAAGCACACCGAUGCAGUUGCGGAACUCUCCGAUCAGCUGGAUCAGAUUCAAAAGCAGAAGCAGAAGAUCGAGAAAGAUAAGUCGCAGAUUGUGCGAAAUACGGAAGACUUAGCAGCACAACUGGAUUCCGAGACAGCUGCCAAGGUGAGUAAUGAGAAGCUGGCGAGACAGUUCGAGGUGCAGCUCAAUGACCUGCAGGCACGCGCUGAUGAGCAAGGACGCCAGCUGCAGGACUUCACAAUGAUGCGCAAUCGUCUCGCAAACGAAAAUAGUGAUUUGGUUCGACAGCUCGAGGAUGCGGAAGAGCAGGUUGCAGGACUGCAGCGGAUCAAGGCACAACUGUCGCAGCAGCUUGAAGAAGUCCGAUCGGCCGUUGAUGAGGAAGUGCGCGAGCGACAAACGCUCAGUGCCCAGGUAAAGAAUGUGCAGAUCGAGGCCGAGCAAGCGCACAACAAUCUGGAUGAAGAGAUCGAAUCGAAAAACGAGGUGGCACGACAGCUCAGCAAGGCGAACGCCGAAAUUCAGCAGUGGCAAUCGCGGUUUGAGCAGGACGGCAUGCUGCAGGCGAGCGAAGUUGAAGAGGCUCGUCGAAAGCAGAGCAACAAAAUCGCCGAAUUGCAGGAGGCUCUAGAACAAGCCAAUCAGAAGAUCGUUUCGUUAGAAAAAGCAAAGUCUCGGCUUACUGGUGAGCUAGAUGAUGCGCAAGUUGACGUUGAUCGGGCUAACGCUACGGCCAGUCAGCUGGAGAAGAAGCAAAAGGGAUUCGAUGCUGUAAGUAUCUUUUUCCUCAUCGUUCUGCUCACAUGCGCAAGAUUUUCGACGUUUUGA